AAAUAGUGGUAUGGUACCUUUAUAGAUAUUCUUAUUGUUCCAGAGAGCUGAUCGUGUGACAUGACUGAUUUGGCCACUGACAAAUACGGCUGGGUCGUCGUGGCAGCGUCCUUUUGUUGUAUGUUCCUAAACGCGGGGAUCAACUAUGCGGCUGGGGUGCUCCAUAUAGGAUUGGUGGAAUCAUACCCGGAAGACGAGCAUCUAGUCGUAUGGCUUAGCUCUCUCUUCGGCGCUAUGUUCGCUCUCAGUGGUCCUGUUUGCAGCCUCGUUAUCAACUUUUAUGAUUGUCGGACAUGCGCAGUAGCCGCAGGUGUGCUUGGAAUGCUGGGAUUCGCAAUCAGCUACUUUGUGACCAGUAUUUCAUGGCUUUUUGUGACAUACGGCCUCACUGUUGGUCUGGGACACGGUCUGUCAUACUCUGCCUCCACUGUCAUUCUCGGAUACUACUUCUCCAAGGACACAGCUUUGGCCGUCGGCAUUGUAAUGACCGGUGUUGGACUUGCAAUGUUUGUCCACCCGCCUGUGACCAGUCUACUGAUGACGUCAUAUGGACUUCACAGGACAUUCCUUAUCUUGGGAGGAAUCACCUUCCAAAGCUGUGUUUUUGGGAUGUUAAUGCGGCCAUCGAAAUACGAACGUGGCCGCCAUCUUGUAUUACUGAGCGGCCGUGACAGAAGGCAAACUGUUUUACAGAUCAUCUGCGGCGGUGACGUCACUCAAUUUGGAGCAAUCACAAGAAACAUUCCGUUCGUUUUUUUACUCGUCAGCGUCCUAACAUUCUCCAUGGCGCUGAUGCCAGUGUACCUUUUUCUUCCGGACUAUUUUGUUCACAGUGGAGCGUCACACCAAGUCGCGUCGUUCACCGUCUCCAUGUCUGGAAUAGGGUCAGUGAUGUCUAGAAUUGUGACUGGUUUCGCUGCCAAUGACCCGCAGAUCGGGUGUGUUCUGUUGCUGGCCGGUCUGGUCGGGGUCAGCGGCGUGGUCACUGCCUGCAUCAGCCUUUUCAGUACCACGGUUCCGGGUCAACUUACAUUCGGCUUCCUGUUUGGAUUGUACUCUGGCGGCGUCUGGGUGGUGUUGGUGCCGGCUGUUAUCAGAAUCCUCGGCGUGGAGCUGCUGUCUAUCGGAUACGGAUUGGUGAUGCUGGCUGUAGGCAUCGGCUGUCUUGUGGGUCCGUCACUGUCAGGUAAUUAGCGGAAAGACAACUAUAUCCAGUCGGCAGCGGUAUAGUAGUUAAGUUGGUUACUAGUCAUUUCGUACCAAAGUCAUUUCGUACCAUCCAUUUCGUACCAUAACUUAUGGUCAU